AUGACUGUUCUACACGAUGGCACUAUUGUAGGUGUUGGUACAUCCAAUCGAUUGUGGACAAAGAGCAGUUUAGAUGCGACUUGGCAAGGUCCUGUAGCAAAUAGUGGUUCAGUGAUGGAUGUUACUGUAAUGCCUGAUGGUACAAUCGUUGGUAUUGGUAUGAACAACCUUUUGUAUACUCGUCCUGGUGUUCAGGGAUUAUGGUCUGGCCCUGUUGCAAAUAGUGGAUCCGUAAAGUCCAUAUCGGUGCUACCAGAUGGAAGUAUAUUAGGUGUUGGAAUGAAUGGCAAAUUAUAUAAAAGACCUGGUAUACAAGGAGUAUGGACAAAUGUGGAUGGUAAUGGUAUAGUGUCUGAUAUAUCCGUUAACAAAGAUGGUGCAGUAAUUGGCAUUGGAACCACAUGUGGUUUGUGGGAGAGACCUUCUUAUACAUCGUAUUGGCAAGGUGAGAUUGCAAGUAGCCGAUGUGUUACUUCUGUGUCGUUUGUAGAGAAAGAAGAUAAGGUAGAAAAAACAGAGAAAGUAUAUGGUAUUGGAACCGACAAAAAAAUCUACACAAGAGAUGGAAUUGAAGGAAGAUGGACGGGUCCAGCACCGAACAGCUGUUGUGUGAUUGCAAUGACUGUUCUACACGAUGGCACUAUU